AUGUCAUCCUCAUCUGCAGAAUCCAUUCUCUCAAGAUCACUCUCAUUGGGCAGGAAGAAACCAGUUACAAGGGCGGCCAUGAUGGCAAAAACGGAUUCAAAUUCAUACAAAUCCGUAAAAAGCCUUAUUCGAGCCAUUCGAAACUGCAAGACCGCUGCCGAAGAGCGGGAUUUGAUUUCAAGAGAGGCGGCUGAAAUUCGCAUGGCAUUGCAAAACACCUCUAUCUCUCGCGGGAAGGAAAAGAAGAGAUAUCGGGCUUUGGCAAAGUUGCUUUGCAUUCAAUUGCUGACCGCGGCACAUGGGGGUAUUUCAGUUGCCUUUGGGCAAUUGGAUGCGUUGAAGCUUAUGGCAUCGCCCAAUUUUGCCGACAAGCGGCUUGGCCAUUUGGGCAUAUCUUUGCUAUUGGAUAGUUCUCAAGAAACGCUAGUGCUAGCAACAAACUCCUUCAAGAGCGACUUGAGCGGGGGAAUGCCUUCCCUCCCCACUUUGUCCUCAAAUGGAUGUUCGAUGUAUGUGACUGGGCUUGCCCUAACUUCAUUGGCGUCUCUGCUUACAAGUGGCAUGGCACAAGAGCUUUCCACAGAGCUUCUGCGGCUUCUCAACGUCCCCAAUGCAUACAUUCUGAAAAAGGCGGUUCUCGCGGUUCUUAAAAUGAUCCGCACCCUUUCAGAUGCAUCGCUGCGGCAAGAUGGACUUUACGAAAUGAUACUCGAACGUACCAGGCCUCUUCUUUCUGACCGAAAUCAUGGUGUUCUGCUUUCCUCUUGUGCACUGAUUUCAGAAUUGGCACUUCGGUCUGUGGGGACCCCUAUUUUCUUAGAGCUAAAAAAAUUGGCCCCCCUUCUAGUUAGGGUUUUGAGCUCGUUGUUGUUCUCCUCCUCUUUUCCAGAAUACGAUGUAGGCGGUACGACGGAUCCGUUUCUCCAGGUUUUUUGA